AUGGUCAUCGGAGAAUCAAGAACAGAAUUAUUACAAUGGUUAAAUACCAUAUUAGAUUUAAAUUAUACAAAAAUAGAACAAUGUGGAACAGGAUCAGCAUUUUGUCAAUUAAUGGAUUCAAUACAUCAAACAGUACCAAUAAAUAAAAUUAAAUUUAAUGCAACAACAGAUUAUGACUAUAGACAUAAUUGGAAAAUUUUACAAUCUGAAUUUAAUAAACAUAAAAUUACAAAAAAUAUUGAUGUUGAAAGAUUAAUUAAAUGUAGAUUACAAGAUAAUUUAGAUUUAUUACAAUGGUUUAAAAGAUAUUGGAAUGAAAAUAAUGAUAUUAAUUCUAAUUAUGAUGCUAUAUCAAAAAGAAAAAUAAGUUCAAGUCCUCAUAAUAAUUUAAAAAAUGGUAAUAAUAAUAAUGGUACUGUGAAUAACAAUACAGUAACUCCAAAUAGUAAAGCUAGGACAUUACCAUUAGGUUCAAAAGAUCAUCAUCAAUUAAAUCAAAGUCAUUAUGUAAACAGCACUAAUGGGAAAUUAAAUAAUACACCAAGUGAAUUAGAAUCAUCAAAUUAUACAAGUAGUAAUAUAUCAAAUAGAGUUAGACCAAGAAAAUCUUUAACUCCUUCAACAUCAAGAAUUACAACACCUAUACAUCAUAGAACUUCAACUUCACGAAAAUCAUCAAAUAAUAAUUUAAAUGUAGAAAAAAGAAUAAAUUCAAAUUCAAAUUCAAAUCAGCAAGUGUAUAAUCAAAAUGUUGUAAGCAAUGGCUUUAAUCAUAACAAUAAUAAUAGAAAUACAUUUAUUGAAUCUGAUAAUUCUAGAAGUACAACAAUAAAUGGAUCUCAUGUAAACAAUCAAAAUGGUUUUAAUCAUCAAACUUCAAAUUAUCAAAACCAACAACAACUACAACAACCUUCUCAAAUUCAACAACAAUUAAUAGAACAAAACCAACAACAUCAAAAAGAAAUAGAAUUAUUAUUAAAUGAUUAUAAUCAAUUAAAUAAAGAAUAUAAUCAAUUACAAUUGAACCUAAAAGAAACAGAAUUAAAUAAUGAAACAUUACAUAUUCAAAAAAAUUUUUAUUUUAAUAAAUGUAGAGAUAUUGAAGUUUUAAUUCAACAUUUAUCAUCAACCACCACCAAUGGAACAAAUGAUGAAAUUUUAAAUAAAAUUGAUUUAUUUACUUUUAUGAAAAAAAUUGAAGAAAUUUUAUAUGCUACUGAAGAAGGAUUUGCUAGUAGUAGUAAUGAUGAUGAUGAUGAUGAAUUACAAUUAAAUAAUAAUGGGACUAAUAAUGGGAAUAAUGUUAAUGGAUUUAUUAAUACUUCUAAUGGUAUAACUAAUGGUUCAAAUAGUGCAAAUGGUAUUAACAGUGCAAAUGGUAAUCAUAGUAAUAAUCAAUUUUUACAAAAUGAAAUUAUAAGUACUAAUGAAAGUAGUGAUUUAAAUCAAUUUGAAUCUGAUAAUAUGUUAGAUACAGAAUCUUUUUAA